AUGAAAAGUUUUGAACGCAGACCAUCUGUUGCAGAAAGAAGAUCCCCAUUUGUAGGAAGUGCAUCUACUAAUAAUACCCCAACCCCUAUGGUAGUUCCACAUUUGGCAGGCAUAGAAGACCCAGUUCCAGAAACUACACCUGAAAAGGUGGAUGUUUUGAUUGCUGGUACUGGUAUAGUUGAAAGUGUAUUAGCCGCUGCAUUAGCUUGGCAAGGUUCUAAUGUUUUGCAUAUCGAUCAAAAUGAUCAUUAUGGUGACACUUCUGCCACUUUAACUGUAGAUCAGAUUAAGCGUUGGGUAAAUGAAGUCAAUUCUGGUAAAUUAGCACCUUAUAGUAAUGCUAAACUUUAUGUAUCCACGAAUGUUGGCCGUAAUUAUAAAUCGCGUGACUUUGGGGUCGAUCUAUCACCUAAGCUAUUAUUUGCUAAUUCAGAUUUGUUAUCUAUCUUAGUCAAAUCUAGAGUCCAUCAAUAUUUAGAAUUCCAAUCGUUAUCAAGUUUCCAUACUUUUGAAAAUGACUCAUUUGAAAAAUUAACAAACUCUAAACAAGAGAUCUUUACUGAUAAUAAUUUACCUUUAAUGACAAAACGUAAUUUGAUGAGAUUUAUUAAAUUUGUUCUCAACUGGGAAGCUCAGCCUGAAAUAUGGGAGGCUUAUUCAGAAAGAUCUAUUUAUGAUUUCUUGACAGAGAAAUUUAAAUUGGAUAAAGCUCAAACAUUUGAAUUGAUAUUUUCCAUUGGCCUAUGUUACAAUAUCGAAACUGUGACCCCCAAGGCAUUACAAAGAAUUCGUCGUUAUUUGACUAGUUUUGAUGUUUAUGGACCUUUCCCCGUAAUGUAUUCUAAAUAUGGUGGCUCUGGUGAAGUUUCUCAAGGGUUUUGUCGAUCUGCAGCUGUUGGAGGUGCCACUUAUAAAUUAAAUGAUAAACUAAUAGAUUACAAUCCAGAAACUAAAAUAGCUACAUUUAAGGACGGAUCGAAGGUGACUGUAAUGGAAAAAGUUAUAAUGUCUCCAACUCAAGCACCAGAAGGUUGUGCAAAUAUUCCAAAACAACAGUUUGAAAUACAUAGACUAAUAUGUAUUGUUGAGAAGACAUGUAACCAGUGGUUUGCAGAUGGUGAAUCUGCAGCUGUUGUGGUCUUCCCACCAGGUUCUUUGAAAUCAAAUAAUACACAAGUGGUACAAGCUGUGAUACAAGGUUCAAAUAGUGAAACAUGUCCUAGAGGUACAAGUAUUUGGUAUUUGACAUCUGCGGAACAAGGUCCCCGUGGUGAAAUAGAUUUAGAUGCUGCAUUAGAAGCCCUAGAGAAUAGUCUUUUAAGGGAAACUUCUCAAGAUAUCGUUAAUGACUCUGAUAUUGUUCAAGUUGGACCAGAAGGUCAAACUAUUAUAAACUCUGUGAAAUUAGGUCAAUCCUUUAAAGAAUACGUCCCUAGAGAAAAAUUGAAUUUCUUGAUGAAAUUCUACUUCACUCAACAUACUUCAACACCACCAUUUAAUAUCGUUGCCUCCUCUUUGUUUGAUAUGCAAGAUGAUAAUAGAUUAAUUCCUGGCGCAAGUGAUAAUGGAAUCAUUUAUACCCCUAUGCCUUCGGCUGAAAUUUCAUAUGAUGAAGUAGUUACUGCUGCCAAAGUAUUAUAUGAAAAGAUUGUAGGAAGUGAUGAUGAUUUUUUCGAUGUUGAUUUUGAAGAUGAAGAUGACAAUGCAAUGACUAAUAAUCCUGACUACGAGAAUGCUAUAGCAAGCAAUUCUGACGAAGAUAUUGCCAUGGGUGAUUCCGGUGAACCCGUAGGAGAAAUGGAAAUAUGA